CCCGCAGCCUGACUCUCGAGGCCGGGAGACAAGAGAGACUCGGGACCCCCGAAGGCGACCCACACGAACCGAGUGGAAGGAGGAACAGGCGGUUUCCCAGAACCAUGAUUGCUUGAUCUCACAACCCAGUGAAGACUUCUCUCCUGAUAAUGUCAAGUUCAGGCUACCCUCCGAACCAGGGAGCCUUCAGCACUGACCAGAGUCGAUACCCUGCCCACUCUGCCCAGUAUACCUUUCCCACCACUCGCCACCAGCAGGAGUUUGCAGUACCUGAUUAUCGAUCUUCUCAUCUUGAAGUCAGUCAGGCAUCACAGCUUCUGCAACAGCAGCAGCAGCAGCAGCAGCAGCAACAGCUGCGGAGGCGACCUUCCUUGCUUUCAGAAUUUCACCCAGGCUCUGACAGGCCUCAGGAAAGGAGAACUGGGUAUGAACAGUUUCAUCCAGGUCCGUCUCAGGUGGACCAUGAUUCCCUGGAAGCUAAGCGACCUCGGCUGGACCAGGUUUCUGACACACAUUUUCAGCGGGUCAGUGCUGCUGUCUUGCCUUUAGUACACACACUGCCAGAGGGGCUGCGGGCAUCUACGGAGGUUAAGAAGGAGCCAGCUUUUGGAAGCAAACAUGAAGCCCCAUCUUCUCCCAUUUCCGGCCAGCCCUGUGGAGAUGACCAGAAUGCUUCUCCUUCCAAACUUUCCAAGGAAGAGUUAAUACAGAGCAUGGACCGCGUGGAUAGAGAAAUAGCAAAGGUAGAGCAGCAGAUUCUCAAACUGAAAAAGAAGCAGCAACAACUUGAAGAAGAAGCUGCUAAGCCUCCAGAGCCAGAGAAGCCUGUGUCACCUCCUCCUGUGGAGCAGAAACACCGCAGUAUUGUCCAAAUUAUUUAUGAUGAAAAUCGGAAAAAAGCAGAAGAAGCUCAUAAAAUUUUUGAAGGUCUUGGCCCAAAAGUUGAACUGCCACUUUACAACCAGCCGUCUGACACCAAGGUGUACCACGAAAACAUCAAGACAAACCAGGUGAUGAGGAAAAAACUCAUCUUAUUUUUUAAAAGAAGAAAUCAUGCAAGAAAGCAAAGGGAACAGAAAAUCUGCCAGCGUUAUGAUCAGCUCAUGGAGGCAUGGGAGAAAAAAGUGGACAGAAUAGAGAAUAAUCCCCGGAGGAAAGCUAAAGAGAGUAAAACCCGAGAAUACUAUGAAAAACAAUUUCCAGAAAUUCGGAAGCAAAGGGAACAACAAGAAAGGUUUCAGAGGGUUGGGCAGAGAGGAGCUGGGCUUUCUGCCACCAUUGCUCGAAGUGAGCAUGAGAUUUCUGAAAUCAUCGAUGGCCUCUCUGAGCAAGAGAACAAUGAAAAACAAAUGCGUCAGCUUUCUGUCAUUCCACCCAUGAUGUUUGAUGCUGAACAAAGAAGGGUGAAGUUUAUCAACAUGAAUGGUCUCAUGGAGGAUCCCAUGAAGGUUUAUAAAGACAGACAGUUCAUGAAUGUUUGGACUGACCAUGAAAAGGAGAUCUUUAAGGAAAAAUUUGUCCAGCAUCCAAAGAACUUUGGCCUUAUUGCUUCCUAUUUGGAAAGAAAGAGUGUGCCAGACUGUGUUUUAUAUUAUUAUUUGACCAAGAAAAACGAGAAUUAUAAAGCCCUAGUAAGAAGGAAUUACGGAAAACGCAGAGGGAGGAAUCAGCAACAAAUUACCCGGCCUUCACAAGAGGAAAAGGUAGAAGAAAAAGUUGAGGAAGAUAAAACUGAAAAGACAGAAAAAAAAGAAGAAGAAAAGAAAGAUGAAGAUGAAAAAGAUGAAAAAGAAGAAUCUAAAGAAAACUCCAAAGAGAAGGACAAGACAGAAGGUACAUCAGAAGAAACAGAAGAAAGGGAGCAAGCCACACCUCGGGGGCGAAAAACAGCCAACAGUCAAGGUCGCCGUAAAGGUCGAAUCACCAGGUCCAUGACAAAUGAAGCUGCGCAGGCGAGUGCGGCUGCAGCUGCUGCUACUGAAGAGCCACCGACUCCACUGCCGCCGCCGCCCGAACCUGCUUCUGCCGAACCUGUGGAGACUUCACGUUGGACAGAAGAAGAGAUGGAAGUUGCUAAAAAAGGCUUAGUUGAACAUGGUCGGAACUGGGCAGCGAUCGCCAAAAUGGUGGGGACUAAAAGCGAAGCCCAGUGUAAAAACUUUUACUUCAACUACAAAAGGCGCCAUAAUCUGGACAACCUCCUGCAGCAGCACAAGCAGAAGUCUUCAAGAAGGCCCCGUGAAGAGCGAGAUGUAUCCCAGUGUGAAAGCAUUGCCUCUACUGUCUCUGCUCAGGAGGAUGAAGAUAUUGAAGCUUCCAAUGAAGAGGAAAAUCCAGAAGACAGCGAAGGUGCUGAAAAUAGCUCUGAUACAGAGAGUGCACCUUCUCCCUCCCCAGAUGAAGGUGCCAAGCCAGGUGAGGACCCUGCUGAAAAUGCCGCUCCUGGGUUAGCCAGCGAGGCCCCGGCAGAACUGGAAUCCACCACAGGUGACCCCACCGCAUCGCCUGCGUCUGCCAUUGCAAGUGCAAAGCCAGUAGCAGGACAGGAAGCUGUGGAAGCUCAGGUAAAGGAGGAGGUCAGUGAAGAACACGGGGAGCCCAUGGAAACUGAGCAUGAAAGCCCCUCUGCUGACGCUCAGCCGCUUGUUGGUGUCUCCGGGCAAACCAAAGCAGAGCCUGUUGACGUAGAGAUGAGGCUGCCAGAGAGUGUUCAGGUGAAAGCAGAGAGUGAUGCCAAAGAAAGGGACUUGGAAAGACCCAAGGAAAAGCCUGAGCCAGAGGACGUGAGCUUUGCUUUAGCCCAAACUUCUGGUGCCCUGAGGCCCGAGUCUCGAUCUGACAAUGACUCCAGUGCUACCUGUAGUGCAGAUGAAGAUGUGGAUGGAGAACCUCCUGAGAGGCAGAGAAUGUUUUCUAUGGAUUCAAAGCCUUCACUGUUAAACCCUUCUGGAUCUGUGUUAGUCUCUUCUCCCAUAAAACCAGCUGCAAUGGACCUCCAGCAGCUUCACCAUCGAGCUGCUGUCAUACCACCAAUGGUCUCCUGUGCCCCCUGUAAUGUGCCCGUCGGCGCCCCUGUAAGUGGCUAUGCUCUUUUUCAGAGGCACAUUAAAGCCAUGCAUGAGUCAGCCCUCCUGGAGGAGCGGCAGAGGCAAGAACAGCUGGAUCCAGAGUGUCGACAUUCUGCAAGUCCAAACGUUGAAUGGGAAGUCCUCCAGCCUGCUCCACAUCAAGUGAUAACGAGUCUCCCCGAUGCAGCCCGACUUCCAACGACUCGACCCACCAGGCCGCCACCUCCUCUCAUUCCUUCUUCCAAAACCACCGCAGCCACUGAAAAACCAUCGUUCAUUAUGGGGGGAUCAAUCUCACAGGGAACCCCUGGCACCUAUUUAACCUCUCAUUGCCAACCUUCCUACACACCAGAGCCAGCCAAGCCUUCAGUUGGGUCUAUAUCUCUUGGAUUGCCACGGCAACAGGAGCCAACCAAGCCUGCCACCUCCAUGCCCUACAUCAAGCAGGAGGAGUUCUCACCCCGUGGUCAAACCUCCCAGCCCGAGGGCUUGUUGGUCAGGGCCCAACAUGAAGGUGUUGUCAGAGGUACUGCAGCAGCAAUCCAAGAAGGAAGUAUCACUCGAGGAACCCCAGCUAACAAAGUUCCUGUUGAAAGCAUCCCUUCCCUUCGGGGCUCUAUCACUCAGGGUACUCCAGCUCUGCCCCAGCCUGGCAUACAAUCAGAAACAGUGGUGAAAGGAACAGUCGCUAGAAUCUCCAUGGAAGACAGUAGCCCCGAGAAGAGCCGAGAGGAAGCCGUGUCCAAAGGCCAUGUGAUUUAUGAAGGAAAGAGUGGGCACAUCUUGUCUUAUGACAAUAUUAAGAAUCCCCGAGAGGGAACCAGGAGCCCAAGAGCUGCUCAUGAAAUGAGUUUAAAGAGAAGCUAUGAUUCCAUGGAAGGAAACAUUAAACAAGGGAUAUCGCUGAGAGAGUCUCCUGUAUCGGCGCCGCUGGAAGGGUUGAUAUGCCGUGCACUGCCCAGGGGUAGCCCUCAUUCUGAUCUUAAAGAGAGAACAGUGCUGUCUGGUUCUAUAAUGCAAGGCACGCCAAGAGCCACAACGGAAAGCUUUGAAGAAGGCCUUAAAUACCCCAAACAGAUUAAGAGAGAGAGUCCUCCCAUCCGAGCAUUUGAAGGAGCUAUUACAAAAGGAAAACCCUAUGAUGGAGUCACCACUAUCAAGGAAAUGGGACGUUCAAUUCAUGAAAUUCCAAGGCAAGAUCUGUUAAGUCAGGAAAGCCGGAAAACUCCAGAAGUAAUCCAGAGUACAAGACCCAUAAUUGAAGGUUCCAUUUCUCAGGGCACACCCAUAAAGUAUGAAAGCAGCUCUAAUCAAUCUGCCAUUAAACAUAAUGUCAAGUCUCUAAUCACGGGCCCUAGUAAGCUCCCUCGUGGGUUGUCUCAAUUGGAAAUGGUUCCAGAGAAUAUCAAGGUGGUUGAACGAGGGAAGUAUGAAGAUGUAAAAGCAGGAGAACCAAUUCGUUCCCGGCAUACGUCAGUUGUUAGCUCUGGUCCCUCUGUUCUAAGGUCAACUCUUCACGAACCUCCCAAAGCACAACUGAGUCCUGGAAUUUACGAGGACACCAGUGCAAGGAGAACACCUGUGAAUUAUCAGAGCCCCAUGUCCAGAGGGUCCCCCAUGAUGAACAGGACUUCUGAUGCUGCCGUUUCUUCUGGGAAGUCUGCAAAUCAUGAAAGGAAAUCUACGCUUACUCCUACCCAAAGAGAAAGUGUCCCUUUACCAUCUAAGUCUCCAGUCUCAGGGGUGGACCCUGUCGUCACCCACAGUCCCUUUGAGCCCCACCACAGAGGCAGUGCACCAGGGGAGGUCUAUCGAAGCCACCUUCCUGCACACCUGGAUCCUGCAAUGCCAUUUCACAGGGCACUGGACCCUGCGGCUGCUGCAUACCUGUUCCAGAGACAGCUUUCUCCAACACCAGGUUACCCAAGUCAGUAUCAGCUUUAUGCGAUGGAAAACACGAGGCAGACAAUUCUAAAUGAUUAUAUUACCUCACAACAGAUGCAAGUUAACUUGCGCCCUGAUGUAGCCAGAGGACUCUCCCCCAGAGAGCAGCAAUUGGGUCUCCCAUAUCCUGCAACCAGAGGAAUCAUUGACUUGACCAAUAUGCCUCCCACCAUCUUGGUGCCUCAUCCUGGGGGUACAAGCACUCCUCCAAUGGAGAGAAUCACUUACAUACCAGGUACCCAGCUGACCUUCCCUCCUAGACCUUACAAUCCUGCUUCAAUGUCUCCAGGCCACCCAUCACACCUGGCUGCAUCUGCUGCCGCAAAUGUUGAGAGGGAGCGUGAGCGGGAAAGGGAGAGAGAGAAAGAACGUGAACGAGAGAGGGAACGGGAGAGGGAAAGGGAGCGGAUUGCUGCUGUCUCUUCAGAGCUCUACCUUCGUCCAGGUUCCGAGCAGCCUGGACGGCCGGGCAGCCAUGGCUACGUGCGCUCCCCUUCUCCCUCAGUGAGGACACAAGAGAAUCUUCUGCAGCAGAGAUCCACUAUUUUCCAGGGGCCCAACGGAGCCAGCGUCAUCACCCCCUUGGAUCCCGCCGCGCAGCUGCGCAUCAUGCAGCUGCCCCCCGGCGGGCCUUCCCUAACUCCAGGCUUGCCUGCUUCCCGCUACAACACCGCAGCCGAUGCGCUGGCUGCUCUGGUGGACGCUGCUGCUUCAGCCCCUCAGAUGGAAGUGACCAAAGCGAAAGAGAGUAAGCACGAGGCAUCACGGCUGGAGGAGAACCUGAGAGGCAGGCCAGCACUGGCUGGUGAGCAGCAGCAGCAGCAGCAGCUGGAGCAGAAAACCCUGGAGGCAGACAAGAGGUCCGUCCAGUGCCCGUACACCUCCUCCGCGUUCCCGAGCGGCAAGCCGCAAGGCCAGUCGUCUUCAGUCGUUUAUUCUGAGGCGGGAAAAGAGAAAGCCCCUCCCCCUAAGUCUCGGUAUGAGGAGGAGUUAAGGACGCUGGGAAAGACCACCAUCACCGCAGCCAACUUCAUCGAUGUCAUCAUCACCAGGCAGAUCGCCUCGGACAAGGAUGGGCGGGAACGCGGCUCUCAGAGCUCUGACUCUUCCAGUAGUUUGUCAUCUCAUCGAUAUGAACCGCCUGGAGAUGCUAUUGAGGUGAUAAGCCCUGCCAGCUCACCAGCACCACCCCAAGAAAAACUCCAGGCCUACCCGCAGGAGGCCGCCAAGACAAACCCCGCAGAAGGUGAUCCCAGUAGACAGUAUGAUGGAUCGCUGCCUCGAUAUCGACCCCAACAAGAGUCUCCAUCCCCGCAGCAGCAGCAGCUGCCGCCACCACCACCUUCUUCCCAGGCAGAAGGCAUGGGACAGGUUCCUCGGACCCACCGGCUCAUCACACUCGCUGACCACAUCUGUCAAAUUAUUACACAAGAUUUUGCUAGAAACCAAGUUGCCUCGCAGGCUUCCCAGCAGCCUCCCACUUCUACAUUCCAGAAUUCAGCAUCUCCUUUAGUAUCUACUCCUGGGAGGGCAAAAACAUCAAGCCGUUACAGUCCAGAGUCCCAGCCUCAAGCUGUCCUCCAUCCGCGGCCCGGCUCCAGGGUGUCUCCUGAAAAUCUUUCUGAUAAAUCCAGGGCAAGGCCUGGGAAAUCUCCAGAAAGAAGUCAUGUCUCCUCAGAACCCUACGAGCCAAUCUCCCCCCCUCAGGUUCCGGUCAUCCACGAGAAGCAGGACGACGUCCUGCUGCUUUCUCAGAGCGCUGUGCCCACGGAGCAGAGGAAUGAUUCCCGCUCGCCAGGAAGCAUAAGCUACCUGCCUUCCUUCUUCACCAAGCUGGAAAACACUUCCCCCAUGGUGAAAUCAAAGAAGCAGGAAAUUUUUCGUAAGUUGAACUCCUCUGGUGGAGGUGACUCUGACAUGGCAGCUGCACAGCCAGGAACUGAAAUCUUUAAUCUGCCAGCAGUCACUACCUCAGGCUCCAUCAGUUCUAGAGGUCAUUCUUUUGCGGAUCCUGCCAGUAAUCUGGGUCUAGAAGACAUAAUAAGGAAGGCUCUCAUGGGAAACUUUGAUGACAAAGGAGAAGAUCAUGGAGUUGUCUUGACACCACCUAUGGGAGUAGUAUCAGGUGGUUCAAACCCAUCCAUGUUGGGCAAUAGUGAAACACGCAGAGAGGAAACAAACCCAUCGCCCAAUUCUGGCGGGGGAGUUGGCAAACCGAAGCUAAUAGGCAAGUCAAAUAGUAGGAAGUCUAAAUCGCCUCUUCCUGGUCAGGGCUACUUAGGAACUGAACGACCUUCUUCAGUGUCAUCUGUCCAUUCAGAAGGAGACUACCACAGGCAGACUCCUGUGUGGGCCUGGGAAGAUCGGCCCUCUUCCACAGGUUCAACGCAGUUCCCUUUCAACCCUUUGACGAUGCGGAUGCUCAGCAGUACGCCGCCAGCAUCGAUCGCUUGCGCCCCCUCAUCUGUGAGCCAAGCAGCUGCUCACCCACCAAACAGGAUGUGGGAGCGAGAGCCCGCCCCGCUGCUCUCUUCACAAUAUGAGACGCUGUCAGACAGUGAUGAAUGAACUAUGCACAGAUUGACACUGGGGGGAGGGGUCUUUAGGUUUUUUUUGUGUUUGUUUGUUUGUUUUUCUCAGUUGCGGGUCUAAAAAGCUGUCUCUUGAUUUGUGCCCAAAGAGACUUUCCAGGAGAGCCAGGGCCACACACAAUGAAGAAAUGAUGGAAUCUCAUUUGGAGAGUCAAGUAGAAAAAUGACUGUGAUACAGCCCGUCAGGAGGAUUUUAAUAGUGGAGGGUGGAAAUCCUGAAGAUAAAUAUGUAAAGAGUUUUUAAAAAGUGGACAAUUCCUGUUCUACAUCUAUUGUAAAGAAAAGCAUAAUGUCUUUAAAUCAUUCUACUGUAAAUAGAGAUUACCUUUUUGCAGUGUUUUCCCCUCACUAUAGUAUCUGGUGUACUUACUUAUGUUCCAAUCAGCGCAUCGACUUUGGGGGUCAUUUUUGUGAUUUUUCUUUUUUAAAGCAACUUAAGCGUGACUUCAGAACUCUAGCCUUCCAAGCAACCUCAUUCGGCCUUGUUACAUUGCAUUGGCCGUCACGGGCAUUGUAUUUUAAUGAUAUGUUUCUCCUUAUAUUUCCCCAGUGAUGUUUAAAAUCUUUAUGAAAAUGUUGAGUUCUUCAGGUGGACCCUGUGACAGAACCUGUACAUUAUUAUAUUUGGGUCAGCCAGCAGAAGAGAACACGUUUCCUUCAUUUAAAAAAGUAUUCUGCCACAGUGUACAUUUUUUUCAGUGCAGUCUUUUAUUUUCAUUUUUUAAAAGAAAAAUGAGCACUGCAGCAAUAUUAUUGCAUGGGUAUGUGAUGAUUCUGCUUGAAAAGGAAGAGGAGGCUCAUAUGAGGUGCACCUUGCUGUAAUGCACACUGGUGACUUAACUACGACCCUGGGUAUUUUUCUUUGCUGCCUUUGAUGCAAUCCAAAGAGGCUACUGUCUCAUUCCCAUCUCCAUGGCCCUCGUGAUCGGGUGGCUGAUGAAGUAAGGCUGGGUGUCUCAGGUUCCAAGGGAAGUGUUAAACUUCCCCUGGUUGUUGUGUGGGCUUUUUUUUCUUGAGUUUUGUAGAGCCAUCGAGCUAUUUAACCAGUCUCAAGAUAUUUUAGUUUGUGCUCUACCGUAUUGAACACUGUGUGAGUCACUGUCUAAAUUUAACAUUCUUCUGUUCUUUGCACAAACUAGUACUUACCCUCCCUCUGCUUCCCAGUUUUGGGGCCACACUUAAUGUCAGACAUCCUAACUGCAUUGGCUAAUUGAGCUACUUUUAAAUUGGAGUAAGGAAUUAUUUAUGGUUUAAGAAUAUCUUCCUAAUCUCAUUAAUCACUGCCUGCUGAAUUUUAGGUGUUUAUUACCAUGUAAGGCAGGCAACAGUCUAUCCCUACCUUCCCUUUGCAUCUAGGUAUUACUUGGGAAGAUGCCAGGUUUGUUUGGGUUUUAAAUGGGUAAAUAGGGCAUAGAAGGGAGGUUCAGGUACAGUUUAAAAUUUGCUGGGACUAAUAUACACUGAACCCUCAAAAGAAUAUCCACUGUCGUCCAUGUUUAUACACUUUAGAGAAGCCUGGGCCUCUCUUGAGGUUCAUUAAGAGAAAUUCUGAAGGAGUUCAAAUAUUUAGUUUCUGAUACACGAAGGAUGGACAUCUGUGUUCACUUGGUUCUGUGAUUACCUCCGAUUUUAUAAUGGGAUGAUUACAUCUGAUUAUCUGUUCAGCUUUAACUGUGGGAAAUUUCUAGAAUCUGAAUGAUUUUAUGCUGUUAGUCCACAGGCAGCAACUGUUACAGUAUUUUUCUACAUGCUUGAAAAUCCAAACCCAUCCCAAAAAAAGGGGAAAAAAUCCUAUUCUUGGUCAAGUUUUCUUAGUAAGAUGAUUUUUUUUUAAUGUGACAGAGGUCAAAAUAUAGAGACUUGGUUACUUUUCAGUUCUAAUUGUGGACCCAUGAUGCUUUGCCAUACUCAUCACCUCCCUCCCAGAGUAGGAACCAAAACCCCCACACAACCCGUGUUCUAUCUAAUCUCUCGGAGGAAGUAACUUUCUGUUUGUACGACUGGACAGAGCCUCAGAGCUCCUGAUGAGCCAUUAAGUCCAACCCUGUCUGACCAAGAAUCCUCUGUCCAGCACCCCUAGGGCAUGAGGCUCACCAUCUUCUCACAUAGUUCAUUCCACUUUUUGGCAGCUCUGUUUAUUAGGUGGAGGAAAGGUCUUCUCUACAGCUCAGUCUGCCCCUUUCCCCGUGUGGUCUCAGUCCUCUGGGGUCAAGCAGAAUACAGCUAAUCGCUCCUCCUCAUGAUUGACAGCCAUUCUAUUCCUAUUCCUCCAGCACAAGAAAGGUGGGGUAUUUUAAGUGGCUUUGCCUGUGGAGCAAGCCCAGAGCGUCUGCUCCUUGGGUCAGAGCGUGAAUUGGGGCAUUGGUAGCCAUGGGGGUUUCUGUGAAAGUGACAGAAGUCUCAGUCCUUCCUUGCUCUAGUGCAUCCCUUCCCACUAAAGCUGCUGUUGCCCACAGACUUUCUGGCCUUCUAAAGUCCUGUUCUUGGAAUGAAACCUUGAACCAGCGUCCAGGGUGCAAGUGGAGAUUGGCUCUAUGGAGUUGGUUCUGUCCUGUUCCAGUCGUGGUUCACAAAAGCAGGUGGACAGCAUCUCAGUGCCGAUUUAUGAUCUGAGCUUUCACAGUGUUUUCAUCUUGGUGUGUUCACUGAUUCUGAUUUGAAAACAUUUAAGACUUGAGAACCCGUGUGUAAUGAUAAGAUUUAACUUCUCCCCCUCCCCUGCUCCUCCUUCCCCCCACACAAUGUCUUUAGUAGCCAGUGACUUCUGGAUUCCGACCAAUCAAUAAAAGGGGAGCAGUUAGUUCUCCA